AUGGGAGCGGCCCCCGGAGGAAUUGCAACACCGCUUGUUUAUGGCCAGCUUCUAGCUUUAUACCUGUUGCAUAAUGACAUGAAUAAUGCACGAUAUCUUUGGAAAAGAAUCCCUCCUGCUAUCAAAUCGGCAAAUGCUGAACUUGGUGCAGUUUGGUCAGUAGGACAAAGAAUCUGGCAGAGAGACUUUCCAGGAAUCUAUACAACAAUCAGUGCGCAUCAGUGGUCCGAGACUAUUCAACCAAUCAUGGAAGCACUUAGAGAUGCAACUAGGAGACGAGCCUUUGGACUGGUUUCUCAGGCAUAUACCUCAAUAGUUGCAGAUGAUUUUGCAGCCUUUGUUGGGCUUCCUGUAGAAGAAGCUGUGAAAGGUGUACUAGAACAGGGCUGGCAAGCAGACUUUUCAACUCGUAUGGUAAUGCCUAAAAAGCCAGGUGUGCUGGAAGCUUCCUUUAACAGAUUUAUUCAUUCAUCAGAACCUGCUCCGGUUCCACCAAUUCCAAAUGAACAGCAGUUAGCCAGAUUGACUGACUAUGUGGCUUUCCUUGAAAAUUGAUGACUCUGCUCCUGUACUCAGAACAACUUGGAAAUCCUUUGUGCUGACAGUUCUAGAAAUCUAAGACUUAUUUUUUGUAUCUGUUAAAUGUUGCAGCAUCCCCUACUCAAAUGUGUGAAGUAUACAGUGUAUGUUACCCCAAUUCGUGUUUUGCCAAAGCCAAGCUAGCAAUGGAAACAAUCCUUUAACUCCUGUAAUAUUUAUUCAGUAGGUACACAGCAGUAUUACACAGUAAGGUUUUUUUACUGACUCAUAGCAGAGAGACAGAACUUUUUUAAGAUGUAUUAGAAAUGGAGAAGAAAGAAGAGUAAUGAAGCAGAUUAGCUGUGUUGAGGAAUUUAUGCUAGUAGGUUAUGUACUUCUGUGUUGAGCACUGCAAUGCUAAUUGCAGAUCAAUUGCAUGUUGAACUAAAGU